AUGUACGUCUGUGUCUUCGUUUGUUUCAUCACGAAAGCGGUUCACCUGGAGCUCGUCAGUGACCUGAGUACUGAUGCGUUUCUUGCAUCUUUCAAGCGCUUUGUUGGACGCAGAAGGAAACCCGCCGAGAUAUUCAGUGAUUGUGGGACCAAUUUCGUCAAGGCUAAACAUGUUCUGAAAUUAUGGAGUUCGGAGACGAUUGGUCGGUAUUUGGCCAACGAAGGUGUUGUCCGGAGAACAAAUGUCCCAUCGGCCCCACAUUUCAGCGGACUCUGGGAGGCGUCUGUGAAAGCGAUGAAGUAUCAUUUGAAACGAGUAAUAGGAUGUCAAAUCCUGACAAAUGAAGAGUUUUCAACCGUUCUAGUGGAGACCGAGGCAGUACUGAACUCCAGACCAUUGGUUGUUGCGUCGAAUGAUCCCGAUGAUUUUUCAGUGAUUACGCCUGACCAUUUCCUUGUAGGGUCAGAGUUACAGAAAAUCCCGGAGCCUGAUCUGACGGAUCAAAAGAUCUCGAUUCAGGAUAGAUUAAAAUUGACAAGUCAGAUUUCACAGUUCUUUUGGAGAUCCUGGUCCAAAGAUUAUUUAACCCAGUUGCAAGUGAGAAACAAGUGGAAAACUCCUGGUGCAAAUUUAAAGGUCAACGAUUUGGUAUUGAUAAGAGACGACAAUCUACUUCCAAUCAAGUGGAAAAUGGCAAGAGUCGUAGAGACCUUUGAGGGAAUUUCUAACUACGUUAGAGCAGUUAAUCUAAAAACUGCAAAUGGAGGGUUAAAAAGACCCAUCUAUAAACUCGUCAAACUUCCUAUUGACAUUACUUGA